AUGCUGACUGGAUCCCUGCCUUUCUCCCUACAGUGCACCGUGCAGGUGAAGUUGGAGCUGGGGCACCGUGCCCAGCUGCGUAAGAAGCCCACGACAGAGGGCUUCACCCACGACUGGAUGGUGUUUGUACGUGGCCCUGAGCAGUGUGACAUUCAGCACUUCGUGGAGAAGGUCAUCUUCCGGCUGCAUGACAGCUUCCCCAAGCCCAAGCGCGUGUGCAAGGAGCCCCCCUACAAAGUGGAGGAGUCAGGCUAUGCUGGCUUCAUCAUGCUUAUUGAAGUGUACUUCAAAAACAAGGAGGAGCCCAGGAAAGUGUGCUUCACCUAUGACCUGUUUCUCAACCUGGAGGGCAACCCACCCGUCAACCACCUGCGCUGCGAGAAGCUCACCUUCAACAACCCCACCACCGAGUUCCGCUGCAAGCUGCUCAUGGCCGGCGGGGUGAUGGUAAUGCCCGAAGGAGCUGACACGGUGUCCAGGCCCAGCCCCGACUACCCCAUGUUACCCACAAUUCCACUCUCUGCCUUCUCUGACCCCAAGAAGACCAAACCAUCCCACGGCUCCAAGGAUGCCAACAAGGAGAGCAGCAAGGCUCCCAAGCCACACAAACUGAGCCGGGAACACCGAGAGCGGCCACGCAAGGACUCUGAGAGCAAGGGAUCCUCCAAGGAGCCAGAGCCGGCCCGGAGCUGCAAGGAAGGACCUCGAAAGCCGCCCAAGGAAGAGAAGGCCCCGCCACCCAAGGCUGCCUUCAAGGAGCCCAAGAUGGCCCUGAAGGAGGCCAAGCUGGACAGCGUGUCCCCCAAGGGGGCACCACAGCCUCCGACCCUGCCCAAGGCCUCCAGCAAGCGGCCCGCUGCGGACUCGCCCAAGCCCAGUGCCAAGAAACAGAAGAGGAGCAGCUCAAAGGGUGCGCGGCGCACCCCCGGCACAUCACCCCGUGCCUCAUCCUGCUUCCCUGACAGAAAGCCGGCACAGGACAAGAGUAGUGCCAAAGGGGAUAAGGGCAAGGCUGACAGUGAGCCUCGUGAGCCCAGGAAGGCCCCAGAGGCAGAUGAGUCUAACUCUGAAGAUGAGGCAUCCUUUAGGUCUGAGUCGGCUCAGUCAAGCCCAUCCAACUCCAGCUCCAGCUCCGACUCCAGCUCUGACUCUGACUUCGAGCCAUCUCAGAACCACAGCCAAGGCCCCCUGCGCUCCAUGGUGGAGGACCUGCAGUCCGAGGAGUCAGAUGAGGAUGACUCAUCAUCUGGAGAGGAGACCACAGUCAAGGCCAACCCAGGCCGGGAGUCCAGGCUCAGCUUCAGCGACAGCGAGAGUGACAAUAGUGCUGACUCCUGCCUUCCUGGCCGUGAGCCUCCGCCCCCCCAGAAACCACCCCCUCCCGGUAGUAAGGCAUCUGGCCGGAGGAGCCCUGAGCCCUGCAGCAAGCCUGAGAAAAUUAUGAAGAAAGGCGCCUAUGACAAGGCCUACACAGAUGAGCUGGUGGAGCUACACAGGAGGCUGAUGGCUCUGCGUGAGCGCAAUGUGCUGCAGCAGAUUGUCAACCUGAUCGAGGAGACUGGUCACUUCAACGUCACCAACACUACCUUUGAUUUUGACCUCUUCUCCCUGGACGAGAGCACUGUACGCAAGCUGCAGAGCUACCUGGAGGCUGUGGCCACAUGACCCUGGCCACAGCCAGCGCUCGCGGGACAGGGGGGUGGCACCCUGGCCUCCUCCUUACCUGUGCCCGCAACGCUGCCCAAGUGCCCGCCACGGCCCCAGGACCAGCUGCACUUGGCAGUGUGGCCUCUGAGACCCCGCCACCAUGGGCGCCGUGAAGCAUGUGGGAGGGGCCAGGCGGAGGGCUGGCCCACCGUGGCACCAGCUCUGGGCACUGACCCAGCCAACCAUGCCACCCCCGGCACCCCUCAAGUGGUGCUGGUUGAAGACAGUGGUGGGCCACAUUCCCACGGGGACUGGGGGUUGCAGCUCACAGGACAUGUGUGGCCAGGGUUUCUCGCCCAGCCUCCCCUGGCCACACUGGGUGGGGCUGAGUGACAGGUCACUACCCGGCCUCUCUGAGCGGCCAGGAUGACCCCAGCCUCCCCACACUGUUCACAGGCCCCCUCAGCCAGCCCACCUCCCGGAGUGGGAGGCUCUGUCUGCGUGUCCGUGGCCAGCAGCCACCUGGAUACCUGGCUGUGUGUCCUGCAGGCCCUGUGCCAGGCCACCCUGCUGUGCAGCUCUGUGUAUAUUGUGUAUAUGUGUGCACCCGGGCAUGGUCCCAUGGGUGCAGUCCUGUGUGCACGUUGAGAUGGGGGUGGGCUCAUGGGUUAAGGUGUCUCCAUGGUUGUCCCUGUGCAGGAGGUGUGGAGGAUCCUCCCUCUGGAUCCCAGGACGCUACUGCCUCCUGUGGCCCCAGGCCAGUGAACACUACCACGGGUGCCAGGGCACCUAGAGGCACCUCUGCGGCCAUGCACCAGCCACAUGCCCCGUCCCUCACAGGCUCCUCCUUUCCUUUCGCUGAUCAAAUCUUUGAACUUUGAAAAAUGAGCUUUUGCCAAAUAGGACGGGACGGGAUGGUUUGUGCCCUGGCCCCGACCUCCACUGUGGGCCUUGCAGGAGACUGGACCUGUGCCCUGUGCACCCCAGGGGCCCUGUUCCCCACCCCCCGAGGCCUGAUCACAUGCCACCCCCAACACCCGUCGUCGUCGUUGUCAGUGUUUGUGACCAAGGUGUUUUUUAAAGAGGCCAGGCCCUGGCCACUCUCAGUGUUGUUUCCUCCUGUGUGGGUCACCCCCGAGGCCCGGCCUCCUGCCCCACGCCCUCUUGCCCUGUCCCUGCUCCCAGUCCAUCUGUCAGGCAGAUGCUGAGUACUCCUGGGGAACCCCGGCCUCCAAGGCUCUCCCAGACCCCUAGGGACAGAUGACCUGGGCCCACAGCCCUCACCUCCACUGGAGGAACUAAGGACAGUGGGCUUGCCACCUCCCCUUCCCAGGCCGACAAUACUCCACAUUAGGCGCCCCGCAAACUCCAAGAUGGACAGCAGGCCCUGGCGUGGGGCAGCCAUUGGCCUCUAUGUCCAUAGGGCCCAGCAACACCUCAGCCCAGCCUGAGGCAUGGUCUUCCUUCUCUCAACGGCCCAGUCCACCUGCUGCCCUGGGCCUCAGUGUCCAGCUUUCCAGACCUUUUCAUGGCCUGGAAGUGCCCCAUCUCAGUUACCUCUGGCCGGAAGGUCACCACCAUUGUUCAGACCUGCCCUGGGGCCACUGUGUGAUGGCCUAGGAUACCCUGCAGCCUGACCCUCAGGGUUCUGGACACUUCCAUAGGAAGGGGCGGCACCCCAACUGCCACAUACCGAGCCGCUCCCAGUGUGAGGCCCUGUGCUCAACUUCCUCAAAGUUCGCAAGACAGUGGGGAGCAAAAGGUAUCCGAUACCUGUCCUGCCCACCAGGGUUCCCACCCACAAUGUGUCUCCAGGAAUAUUGACACGUGAUGCCCCAGACCACACCCUGGAUAAAAGGAACUAGGAGGUCGUGUUUGUAACGAGUUCCAGGACUGUUUCUGUCCACAUUUUAAACUCUUUUGUUAAGUUGUGAAAUUAUGGAGGAGUUUUAUAGAAAACAAAAUGAAAUAAAAGUCAGAUGGCAAGCAGAA